AUGGCGGCUUCGGGCAGCGCGUCUUCGAUUUCAGUGACAGUUCGCGUCCGGCCAUUUACAAUUCGAGAAGCUGCCCAGCUUACAAAAUGCGAUGAUUCUAUGCUGUUCCUUGGGGACGGUUCCCUUGCUGCCAACCCGUCCCCGAAAUUGAUACAGAAGGGCCUUCGACCUGUAAUAAAGGUUGUAGAUGCCAAAUGCCUUGUUUUUGACCCUCCCGAAGACAACCCUGUUCAUCGGUUCUCCAAAUCAGUCAUCCCAAAUGGAAAGCGCGUGAAGGACCAGACAUUCAUGUUUGACCGAGUGUUCGACGAAAACACGACCCAGGGAGAUGUUUAUGAAGCAACAACUCGGAACCUGCUGGACAGUGUAUUGGAUGGCUACAAUGCCACGGUGUUUGCCUACGGUGCCACAGGGUGUGGGAAAACACACACCAUUACGGGAACCGCUCAGCAACCGGGGAUUAUUUUCUUGACCAUGCAAGAGUUGUUUGAGCGAAUAUCAGACAGGACAGAUGAGAAAGUCACAGAGGUAUCAUUGUCAUACCUAGAAAUCUACAAUGAGACCAUCCGAGACUUGCUCAAUCCCAAUAAUAAUGUGAAGGGCGGCCUUAUGCUCCGCGAGGACGCAAACCAGACCGUUUCUGUGGCUGGACUAACCAGUCACCACCCCCAGAACGUCCAGGAAGUGAUGGACAUGAUUGUGAGAGGAAAUGAGUAUCGAACAAUGUCUCCAACGGAAGCGAACGCAACUUCAUCUCGAUCCCAUGCCGUUCUUCAGAUAAACGUGGCACAAAAGGAUCGUAAUGCGCAUGUCAACGAACCCCAUACAAUGGCAACUUUGAGCAUUAUCGACCUUGCAGGAAGUGAGCGGGCGAGUGCAACGAAAAAUAGAGGAGAAAGACUAAUUGAAGGUGCUAACAUCAACAAAUCUCUGUUGGCUUUGGGAAGUUGCAUAAAUGCGCUCUGUGACCCCAGGAAGCGCAACCAUGUUCCAUACCGUAAUUCGAAGCUUACUCGCCUCCUAAAAUUCUCAUUGGGAGGAAACUGUAAGACGGUGAUGAUUGUCUGCGUCAGCCCAUCCAGCCAACACUUUGACGAAACCCAAAAUACCCUUCGAUACGCGAAUCGAGCAAAGAACAUCCAAACAAAAGUUACGAGAAAUGUUUAUAACGUAAAUCGCCAUGUUAAAGAUUUCCUGGUUAAAAUUGAUGAGCAAAUGGCCUUAAUCAAAGAACUCCAGCAACAACGGAAGGACUCCGAAGCUGUUGCCUUCGCCAAGCUCAAGAAGCAGACUGAGAAGAAGGAAAUAAUUUUGCGUGAAGGAGUUGCUCGUCUGCGUAGUGCCUAUGAACAUUCAGCUCCAGAAAGACAAGAGAGGAUCAAUGGCAUGCUUCGCUUAAGACAAAUCAGCCGCCGCAUCUCAAUGCUCUCGUCUUGGAUUGCCGCAUUUGACAAUGUAUGCGACGCCUCUGAAAAUGAAUCUGCCAUGUCAAACCUCCAGGUUAUGAGAAAGACUGCUCAAGGAAUCCUUGUCGAGUUAGAGGGCAGUACACAACACUAUCACCAGAGGCUUGCGAAAAGUACUUGGGAUCGAGCAAUCAACUCCGCGCUUGAGAUUGGUAUUAAGCAACUUCAAGAAAUGGAAAUAGCAGACAAUGUCGACAUUGCAAACCUCACCAGGGAGGCAGAGCUCCUCAAGUCCAAUGCGGAAAUGGAGGCAUUGAAUGCUGUUACCGAACAGGAGAAAAACAGAGACGUUGCUAUGGUCCAGACGCUGCUGCAAGCCAACUUCGAAACCAUUUCUGCCAUUGAGGAUAUUAUGAACUUACGCGAGGAAGAUGUGGUUAACACUGGCAAGAGAAUUCUCGCAAACCUGUUGAGGUCAAGUACGAUCGCUACAUCAAACGUGGUCAAACCAGACGGGAGCGUACCAACCGUCGAGGCUUUCUCUCCCAGAAAAUCCGGCACCCCGAAGCGCCGGAAGAAAUCCAGCUUUGGAGGUGAAGCAUCAUUGCCAAAACCUUUUAAUCCGGCUAUCGCUAUCGCACCCCAGGUAGCGCCUUCUCCAGCAAAAGCCUCCCCAAGAAGAAAAAAGAUGGGUCCGAAAAAGGGAAUAACUUUCACACCGAAGAAGCUGCAGGUAAAGACCAUCAAGAGAAGUGUGAGAUGGAAGGAUGAUACGGUGAAUGGAACACUAGCGGAAUUUGAGAAGACCCCCCAGAAGGUUGAAGAAUCGUCGCCUGGUACACCAUCGAACGAGCCACAGUUACCGCCUAUGCACUUAGCGGUAUCCGCCAUUCCCCGUCGCACGUCGAGCAGUUCCAGAGAAUCGUCACCAAUUGCCAGCCCUCCCAUGUCGCUUCAUAUUCAAAAGAAUAGCCGUUUCAAGACCGGUUUCUUAUCAAAAAAGGCUAAUGUCUCUCCAUCACCAACACCUCCAACUUUGACUAGGCUCUCCUUAUCAUCAGACGCCGAGAAUUCUCCUUUAUGUGGUAUUGAAAAUAGCAGUUCCCUAAAUCGCAAAUCUCUUGACCAUUCUGAGGCUGAUAUCACAAAAAGCAAUGCAAACGGGUCAUCUGAUAGCGAAGAUGGAUGGAAAAUUGACAAAAAUGAGGCCAUGACGAUACAUUCAGCCAUGAAAGGCAUCUCCGUAAUCCAUGGAGGGAACCUAUCCUCGACAUCCACGGUCUUCAGAACCCAUCGUCGACGAAGCCCAACAGCCGCAUCUUCCGGAAGCCCCCCCAGUGAAAAUGCCAUGUUCACGGCAUCCCAGGCGAGACGCAUGGUGAAAAGCGAAAAGGGUCAUGAUUCGAAAUUAAGCGUCUUGGGUCCGAGGACCAUUCCCAUUACAAAGCCAAGUAGCCAAAGGCGGACUACGUUCGGAGACGCGAAACAGAUGAGUGUUGGCUCACGGGAAAAAAUAAGGAUUAUCUCAGUGCGGGGCAGUUUGAAUUCAGCUGUAAAGAGCUCUUGGAGGUAA